AUUUGCUACGUCAUGAGCUUUCGUUUUCGAUUGUUGAUCGGACAGAAGAUUAUUUACAGCUAGUUUCACUCAGCUCUCGGUUUUUCGCUGCCGUUUGGAAGAAAACAGACCGUCAGAAAUGGACAUGGACGAAUAUGACUUAUAUACAUCAGGCGCUGAGGGUCAGGACGCUGGACCAUCUCUGGAUUACAUGAUGCAUCUAAACAUGAUCAUGAAUCAGCCACACUUACCAGAAGAGGACAUUUACACAGCCCGUGAUGAAAAACCACGACCCUCAGCACCACUGGAUAUUGCUAAGUUUAAAAUCAAAGUGGACUGGAUAGAACCAUUUCCAGAGAGAUGGAGAGCAAGAUUACAGAUAGCCCUUCAGAGUUGGUUAUCCCGACUAGAAGGAAAACCAUCUGUCCACAAUGUUAAACUCAUGGAAGAUCCAUCCUGUGCAGAAGUGCAGAUAACACCAUCAACAGCUCUAAAGGUUUUAAAAUAUCACCGAACUGUAUCUCUUAAGUUUAAAGAUUAUAAGGAUGGUAAAGAUAAGGAAGUGACUGCACAGAUUUAUCUAGAUGAAGCACAUUCUGUAUGUCUACCACAAAAGUCCUUGCUGGAGGAGAACAAAGCUCCAUCAUCAAAGGUAAACAGCACUAAACCUGUGACUUCAGCAGUGUCAGAAGACACUAACACUAGUGAUGAUGUUGUUGCAGCUACCAGAGCUUCAAAUGAUGCUGAGAUCAGAAAAUCAUUUAAAAUGACCCAUGAGACCUUAGCUGGAAUCAGUCUUCCCGUCUAUCAGUUCUGGUAUCUGCAUCAUGCUUACAGAAAGGAGCUGGAGCUAAUUGAGAAACAACAUGGAGUCUCUAUGCAUGCAGAAGUGUCUGUCUCAUUCAAAUCCACCCAGAGAUCAAGCAGUGAUUCUGUCUCCAUAGCCUCGGAGGACUUUCAGAAACUUCUGUCUGAAUGUGUUGAGAGUUUUAGUCAAGCUUCCAUUAAUCAUAAAUACAUGGAUUCAGUUAUUGUGAAAGAGGCCCUUCAUUACAUCCAGUCAGAGAAGACAAAGAUGAUGUUCACCAUGUCUGCCAGUGACUGCCGGUUCUUUGGACCGAAGCAAUUUACAGAUAUCAUUAAAAGGGAGACAACAAGAUCAGAACACCAAUUUAAAAACAAAUCAAAUGAAUUGGAUGUAGAUAACAUUUGUCCACAAAGCAGAUCUUCAUUGGUCAUGGACACAAAAGACUUUCCGACUCAACUUGAGAUGGAUAAGGUACAUUGGGAUCUGAUUAAACUUUCCUAUAAGGAACAAUUAUUACAGCUUGAAACAAAGUACGGAGUGUUAUUUCAUGAAGAAAAACUGCAGAAAAAUGUCAUUAAGGUUCAUGCGCGAUCCAAAGGAGAUCAGCAUAUUAAUCUUGAAAGUCAUGCCCUCAGAGCUUUAACACAUCUCUACCAGAAACUAGCCUCGGCCGCUGUCAGCUGUGAACUCACAAAACCUACAGAUCAAACUGCUGUGGCCCCAAUAGUAGAGAAACUUCAGCAGCAGAAUUAUUGUGUUGUUGCUGCAAAUGAAUUCAGUCCCUGGAAGCUUGUUGGACUGCCAGAACAUCUUGGUCCCGCCAUUGCUGAUAUUGAGAAGAAACUUCAGAAGCAUGUGUUUGAUGACAAGAAGAAGAAACUGAUUGGAUACUCGGGUGACAUUCCUCAUGCAAGAGGAAUCAGGUGGAAUCGGACGCCUGAAUAUGGUCCAGGAGCAGUGGGUGGAGCAGCAGGAGAUCAAACAGAUAGUCGUUUCAAUAAAGAAUCAGAAAUAAAUGCUAGACAUAAGAGUAAAGGUGCUCAUGCUGAAGAGGAGAUGUGUCCUAUUUGUAUGGACAGCUUCACUGACCAGAAAAAACUUAAAUGUGGGCAUGAAUUCUGUCGGGAAUGUAUAAGGAUGUCAGUGGAGAGUCUGGGACCCAUCUGUCCUGUGUGUAACGAAUUCUUUGGGAAAAUGGAGGGGAACCAACCGGAUGGAACAAUGAAAGUAAUGAAGAACAGAUUGAGUCUCCCUGGAUACCCAAAUUGUGGCACUAUUCAAAUACACUACAACAUACCCAGCGGCAUUCAAAUGAAGAGGCAUCCAAACCCUGGGCAGUAUUUCCAUGGCGCAAGAUGUCAGGCAUACUUGCCUGACAACCGUGAAGGACGGAAAGUGCUUUCACUGCUGCAGAGAGCUUUUGAUCAGAAACUGAUCUUUACUGUUGGGACCUCGACAACCUCUGGUUUAAAGAAUGUUGUCACCUGGAAUGAUAUUCAUCAUAAGAACAAUACACAUGGCGGGCCUCUAAAUUAUGGCUAUCCAGACCCUGACUAUCUGAGGAGAGUAAAGGAUGAGUUGAAGGCCAAAGGCAUUGAAUGACGAUUGGAUUUAUGUUUCAAAUUCACAUCUAAGCCUAAUAUUUAAAACAGUCUGAUCGUUCGCUGGAGGACCACACAAGGGACUUUUUUCGAUCUGGCGUGCCAUACCCACUUCCCAGACUGCCCGCUCUGUGGUUUUUAUUAUCACGACCUGAGCGAGCGGUGUAAGGCAUGCUUGCCAGCGAACGGUCCCAGAGAGGAUUUUGCCACUUUCAUGGAGUGGGUGCUGGAGAAAAAUGGAUCUCCAUUCAUCGUCGGCCCUAUUGAAGAGGAUAUCUCCAGCCCCACUCCUGAACCAGAGACUAGUCAGCUGCUGUCAUCCCGCUGCAUGGAGCUAAAGCCAGAGCCCACCGCAGCCGCAGAGCCCAGUGUGUGCACUGGCAACACCAUGCGCCAUGGGAUUACUGGUGGAGGUCGAGGGUGUGGAGGAAUGCCCUGCCCACACUCCUGCGACUGAGGGUGAGCUGCGACUGGUUUUUGAAAAUUAUGUAGAGGAAUUAAUGUACAUUUUUCAAAUGGACCUUAUAGACUGGUUUGGGGAGGUAAUUCCUAAUUCUCCUGCGUCUCCGCUGGUUCCACCCAGCCCUGAAUCUCCUGCAUCUCUCCUGGUUCCCUCCAGCCCUGAAUCUCCUGUGUCUCUGCUGGUUCCAUCCAGUCCUAGAUCUCCUGUGUCUGCGCUGGUUCCGUCCAGCCCUGAUCCUCCUGUGUUCCCUCCCAGCUUCACUCUCCUGCCUCCUCCUAGAUCAGUCAGUUCCUCUGCUCCAUCUCCGCUAGUGCCUGUCAGCCCUUCGGCUCAUCCUCAGUCAGCACCUUCUAGGCGCUCUGGUCUACCUCAGGACUUCCAGUCUCCAGCUCCGCCUUGGCGUAAGGAUCCCCUGUCUCCACUUCCAGCCUGCAAGCCCUGGACUCCACCUCGGACCUCCGACCCAUUGGCUCCGCCUUGGCUCUUAGCUCCCUCAUCUCCACCAUGGCCCAGCAUCCCACUGGGCUCCCUCGUCCCCUCCGACUCCACCUUGGUCAGUCGUCGAACACCCACCGUCUCGGGACUCCAUUCCUCUGGCCUCGCCUCGUCACUCCAUCCCUCCGGCUCUAUCAGGGUCCUCCUUCCCUCCGGCUCCACCUCCAUCCUCAGUCACUCUGGCUCCGCAGUGGUCUUCGGGUGCCCCGCCUCCACCUUGGUCGCCUGAGCCUUCUGCUCUACCUUGCCCAUCCAGAUCGUCUCCGCCACCUUGGCUCUGCGGCUGUUCUGCUUUAUCCUGUGCUCCUCAUCCAUCGGUGCAGUCUCCGUCAGUUGGUCCCCUGGUGUUGUCGGCUCCUCCUCCACCAUGGCUCCUCCCGCCGUCGGCUCCACUGUGGGUCAUCAUCCUGGCUGGUCUCUGGAUCACCAUCUGGCUCCUCCUUCUAUGGGCUCCUCCCUGGCUCCUCCCUCCAUCCACUCCACCCUGGUUCCAUGCUCCCUCAUUGCCUGCCCCACGCCUGCCUCCAGAACCCCCACCCUCCCUCUCUUUCGGUGCGAGGACACACCGUUCCAGGAGGGGGCGAACUGUCAGUCAUGUACUUUCUGUUCCUUCAAGUUCUGUUCCUCGUUUUGUUAAUUAAUCCACACCUGUUUCCAUUCCCCUCAUUACUUUCCUUGUGUUUUAAAACCCUGUCUGUUCAGUUCCUUUGGUCCGCUAUUAAUGUGACGUUAUGUUCUAAUGGUUGAACAUCUAGUGGUAUUCUAGUGCCUACGGUGAAGUGCCUAAGGGGAAGUGAGCCCAUCAGUGGACACCCAGGGUAACAGAGACUAGACAGCGUGACAUUACCCCGUCCUCCACGGAGCAGCUAGCAGAUGCUCCACCCGAACCCAAGAAGAGACCAAAGACAUAAAGACACCAGGAGGUAGGUGGAACGGCAGAAGACCAGGGGGAGCGACGGAGGACCAGGUCCUUACAGGGAAACAGAAAGAAAGACAAAGACAGGAAACCCAGGAGGGAGGUGGACCGGCAGAGGAUCAAGGGGAGGGACUGAGGGCCAGGUCAAAAAAUAAUAAUAAUGGGGAAACCAGAGACAAGACAGCGUGACACCUACGUAUGAGACACAUCAUUUUUUUUAUUAAUGUUUUUAUUAGUGAUAUAUUCCAUCCCUACGGUGUUAUUCCUAUGCAUGCCUGCACUAUGUCUGUACUUUCUUGGAAGCUCCUGUCAUCAAGUCAAAUUCCGUGUGUGUGUGUGUGUGUAAACAUUCUUGGUAAUAAAGCUCUUCUGAUUC